AGAGAGCAUAAGACUCAGAGAGAGCUAGAGAAAGAGAGAGAAAGAUGGGUAGGCCUCCAUGCUGUGAUAAGAUAGGGAUCAAGAAAGGACCAUGGACGCCUGAAGAAGACAUCAUUCUUGUUUCUUACAUCCAAGAACAUGGCCCUGGAAACUGGAGAUCUGUUCCCACCAACACUGGGUUAAUGAGAUGCAGCAAAAGUUGUAGACUGAGAUGGACAAAUUAUCUGAGACCUGGAAUCAAACGAGGAAACUUUACUCCUCAUGAGGAAGGAAUGAUCAUUCACUUGCAAGCCUUAUUGGGUAACAAAUGGGCGUCCAUAGCUUCAUACCUACCACAAAGAACAGACAACGAUAUCAAGAACUACUGGAACACACAUUUGAAGAAGAAGCUCAACAAGUCCGAGUGUGAUCAGGAGAGAAGCAGAUCAUCAGAGAACAUGACGUUGCAAACUUCUGCCACAAGAAACACCAUCAAUCAUAGAUCUACCUAUGCUUCAAGCACCGAAAACAUUUCCCGCCUUCUCGAGGGUUGGAUGAGGGCAUCCCCAAAGAGUAGCACAGCUAAUUUCUUGGAACAGAAAAUGCAGAAUCAUCAGACGAACAACCUCAUGGAUCAGUCUCCGUACGAGCAGCUACAAGGUUCUUGGGAAGAGGCCGGUCACCAUAGCAAAAGAAGCAAUGGGGGAUUAGGUGAUGGUCCAAAGAUUACAGAGAAUAACAUCGGUGGUGAUCAUGAAGAUGGUGGUGAUGAUUAUGAUGAGGAGGAGCACAACGCUACUCCACCAUUGACAUUUAUUGAGAAAUGGCUAUUGGAGGAAACAAGUGCUACUGCAGGGGGUCAAAUGGAAGAGAUGAGCCACUUGAUGGAGCUCUCUAAUAUGCUUUAAUUGUGACCUAUUCUCCUUUUUUCUUUCUUUUUCCCUUGUGAAUCGUAUUAAUGAGACUGCUAAUUUUUAUAUUUUCUAUAGGAAAAAUAAAGAAACUACAAGACAAAAUAUCACAUGUUUAUUGGUUUCUCUAAGAUCUAUAUAUAUAGUUAAAUGCUCACUGCAUAAAGUUGUAACUAA